AUGACAUACAGCACCAUGUGCAUUAAGGAGAGCCUUCGGCUUUAUCCUCCAGUACCUCUUAUAGCACGAGAAGUGGAUUCUCCUGUGACUUUUGCUGAUGGACGAACCUUACCAAAAGGUAGGCUUCCCCUCUCUCCCUUCUGCAGACUUCCUUUGAACUCGCCCCUUCCUCUUCCAUCUUCAUUCUUACACUGUUCUCAUUAUUCAAUUCCCCUGUCACUUAACUUCCAACAAGAGUUUCUAACCUUUUCUGGACCACAUUCACCCUUGGACUACCUUGUGGGGUUACUGACAACUGUGAUGCGGCCACCGCACAAUCUUGCUUGCACACACUCACAUUCGUGCACACGGAAUAUGUGGAGGGCACAUACAGGUGUGCAUGCCUACACAGAGGUACACAGCCCCUGUGUUCAGAUGGACACUUUCAGGAGCUGCUAGGCCUUAGAUGGACCAUCUCUUGAGGCCCCACCUACACCUAAAUGAAUUCCUUGGGCAAACAAACAAAUACUAUAUGACCAGGAAAUAUGCUUUCCAGCUGCCUUCCUUUACUCUGUGCAGGAUCAUCCUGGUUAUCAGUGCAACAGCUCUGAAAAUCUGCCUGUCUUUGCAGCAAGUUAGUGAGAAUGAAUGUUUUGGUAAAUGCCACUGGAUAGCAAUUAAUUCUCAUUACAUAAUAUCACUGGUGACGAAAUGAUACUCGAUGAUGUCUCUUUUUUUCCCACAGGCUUUCUAACUAUAUUGGAUGUUUAUGGUCUUCACAGAAAUCCUGAGGUUUGGGGAAAUCCUGAGGUAAUAAUAAAAGAAGAAAAGCCUAAGCAAGCCCUUUCUGGUGAGACUGAGAGAAGUUGACAUGUUUUGAGAAAAAGAUGGUGGAAUAAUUGCCAUAGACACAUACAAUUUCUUUAAGAAAAGAAGCCAAUUGUUUGUCACACUAACACUGUGUGACUAGAUGUGUGGAUUUAUCCCAGUGUUUUGUUUUACCAGUUUCUUGCUUGUUUUUAACUACUAAACACAUCCAGAAGUAUUCCAGUUUGGAGGUGAGAAAGGCACAUUUAGUCCAUUGCCCCAUAUCAAUGGCCUAAUGCCAAACUAUCUACCCCCUGAUAUAAUAUUAAAUGUGGAGCAGAAAAAUAUAAACACAAGUGAUGCCUGCAUUUUCCUAUGUAGAUACUACCAGCUCUAGAGUGUGUGCAUGAGAGAGAGAUGCUGGUGAAAACGUGUGUGUCUCUCUGUGUGUUUCUGUGCGUGUGUCUGCAUGUAGAGCUAAAUUCCUCCCUAUGCCAUGACUCUGAUCCAAAUCCCUUUCCUGCCAGCAGCUGUUAGUAAAAAGAAAAAUGUUUGGAUAUAUCUUCUAACACUCUGAUGUCAAGUUUAGUGUGUCCCUCUACAGAAUUGGAUAAGAACGGUAUGAGGAAGAUACUGUACUAAUUAAGUAGAAGGACAGGCCACAUGUUAUGUAGUUAUGAUUCUUAAAAUGUUGCUUACGCACUUACAAAAUGGCAAAAAUCUAUUGCGAAAAGAAAACCAUUGCAAAAAUAUAUUGGCAAAGCUGCUGUGGAAUCCUAAUCCAGAAACCAUUCCUAAUCCACAUCAGGAGCUAUGGAAGUAUUCAGCCAAAAAUCCACCCACCCACCAGUCCCUAAAGUGCUGCUUACAAAAUCUGUGUAGGCUUCCCUCUCCAUUCAAAGAGCAACUUCAGGAGCAACAUCAGCAUCCUGGCAGGGGGGAAAGGUUAGCAUUUCCCUCCCAAGCCCUGCAGGCCUGUUGCUGGUCAUACACUCCAAUGGCUGUGUACAGUUUUAAAAACAUGCACACUGAUGCAAUUAACAUCAUGUCUCAUUUGGACCAGGCAUUUAUAGAUGUGAAGGAAUUUUCCUUCAUAUUACAUUGGGGAAAACAUGUUGCUAAGAGUGCAGUCCUAUAAUCCUAUACAGAACUAAGCCCCAUGGAGCUCAAUGGGCAUUAUGACCUGGUAAGUGGGUAUAGAACAGUAUUCUUUUUUGUGAAUGCCCCUUUUUCCUUUAGCUCUUUUGCCACUAUAUCAGUUGCCAUUCUAAUCCAAAAUUCCAUGACUUAUUUUCUGUUGUAGGAGUUUAAUCCUCUAAGAUUCUCCACAGAGAAUUCAAGCAUCGCCACCCAUAUGCUUUCUUGCCUUUUGCUGCAGGGCCAAGGUAAAUAUUUUCUCACCUAUAUUUUGCACUGUUUCCUCCAUAAAAGGAGACUUUUACAUUAAUCUUCCAUGAAAGACACAACUGUGUUCAAGGCUUAUAAAAUUGUGAAUGAGUCCACAGCAAGGCAGAAUUAGCUGCCAGCAUAAAACAAUAUAUACUCAAAAGCUUAAAAGGGUAGGGCAUACAAAGGAGAACAAAGAUGGUGCCAGACAUUCAUUUCUGGGAAGGGAAAUCUAAACGUGAAGGAGCAACAACCGAAAAGGCCCUGAUUUGACCAUGUGCAGAAUGCUCUUCUGUUUGUAAUGUAAUGUUGCCCUUUAUUCUACUCAGGAACUGCAUUGGACAGCAGUUUGCCAUGA